AUGUUGAACGCCAGUCAACGUAAGAAGGUAAGCCAAAUGAGUGCUGCGGUUGAAGAGGAAUGCGCUCCUUCGACAUCAGGAGGUACUGGGCCAAAGUCUAAAAAUGCCGAGAAGAAGGCACGGGUAUUCGACUUCGACUCCAUUUUUGAAGAAACAAGAAAGGCUGGACAAGCUCGAUUCAUUGAAGCUAGGGCCGGGACCGAUGAGAAAGCUGUAGAAGGAAUAUUUGUUUUUUCUCGUUUUCAAGUUUGUGUCUUCAGCAAUACCGAGCGCGAAUCACUGAAGGAUAGUGGAACUGUGAGUGAAGAAGACGACGAUUUCCUACCAAUGCUGCCUCCCGGCUUCGUCCCUGAUCAAAGUGUUAUAGUUAAUUCAUCAGAGUCCCAGAAUAAAGAUACGGGCGAUGACGAUGAUGAAGAUUUCGUAGAUUACGUUGGUGAUGGAAUUCCCAUUGUCAACCUUAUUCCAACAGCAUGCGAAGCAAAGCUAGUCCAUGGUGGAAAACCAGUAUCUGCCUUACGAUUCGAGCCUAAUGGUAUACGAUUUGCGUCUGGUGGUGUCGAUUUUCAAGUGAAAGUGUUUGACUUCCAAAAAAUGGAUAUGAGCUUACGUGCCGACAAGGACCUCACACCAUGCGAGAGCCAUAUUAUCACCGAUAUCGCGUUCAGCGCGAAUGGCGAAUCAAUGAUAGUUUGCAGUACCAAAGCACAAGUCCAUCUUAUUGACAGGAGUGGUAAACAAUGGGCUGAGACGGUGCGAGGAGAUCAGUACCUUGUCGAUGUGAGUUACACAAAGGGUCAUACAGCAGCCAUUAACUGCUGUCAGUUCAAUCCAAUAAUCAAGGACGAGUUCAUGACCUGUGGUGACGACGGGACUAUUCGGUUGUGGAGUUUAUCAGAUUACAAGGUUAUGACAAAAACCAUAAACACUCACAAAAAGGUUAUAAAAACUAAAACUGCUGGUGGGAAAAGAGCAAUGCCGCAAUCAUGUUCUUACUCUUUGGAUGGUAAGCUGAUUGUUGCUGGUUGCGACGAUGGAUCUAUACAAAUGUGGAAGUACGGAAAUUUAUACGUAAACACUUUCUACCUUGUUCGAAAUGCUCAUAAAGGUCCAAUCACCUCCAUCGCCUUCUCUCCAGACUCUCAAAGGGUUCUGACGAGGGGUUUGGAUGAUGCUAUGAGGAUGUGGUCCAUUAAGGACAAUAAGAAGCCUAUCCUUGAACUGACAAAUUUAGAAAAUGCGUUCAGGAGGUAUAAUGAUGCAGUCGUACCGCAGUCAGAUGGGGAGGCACCUCUUUUGGAAUUUUCGAUAGAUAUUGGCUCAUCAAGGAGAUUCAUGUUACAGAGUUGCUUGAAAAUAGAUUGGCAUCCUAAACUGAACCAGAUUUUGGUGGGCCUCAGCGACGGAACUAUAAGAGUUUACUACGAUCAAAAGCUAUCCAGUCGAGGAGUGUUGGGAUGCAUCACGAGACCGAUUCGAAGAAAUCGCACUAGCGAGUUUGUUCGUGAAGAAAUGAUACUAUCGCCGCUCACUUUGGAGAUGUUCCAACCACGUGGAGAAGAGGGUGAAGAGAAAGAGGUAACAGGAUUCCGCCUCAAAAAAUAUCUCCGUAUGCGAGACAAUCAACAACGUCCACAAUUUCGCAAGCCAGCCGAUGUUCCUAUUGGAAGAAGUGAAAAUGGAAGAGUUGUUGCUAGUGGUGGAAGUUUGCAUUCUUAUGUUGCUCAACAAAUGGGAACACUGAAAAACAAGACAUUCUUGGAGGAUACAGACGUCAGGACAAGCAUUUUACGACAUGCGGAAGAGGCUGCCAAGAACCCGAUGUAUGUAGACCUAGCCUAUCGCAAAACCCAACCAAAGCCUAUAUUCCAAGAAAAGACUACGGCACCAGAGGAAGAGGAACCGGAGACGGAGUUACAACCAGUGUUCAAGAUGCCUAGGCUAAACUGA